GUUGAUGAUAUUUAACUAAACAUAUCCGAAAGUGAUCACGUGGUGUGGCGCCUGUUUCCUCGAAGCGGCUCUGUGAAAAACCACGUGACGCAGUUCUCCGUAGUGUCAGAGUGGAAAAGAAACAGGUGUUAUUCUUUUGUAAAUACUGUUAUUUGUAUAUACUGUAAAUGAUGACGUCCAUGGGCGGGAACCGAGCCCGGGGCAGCUGGGAGCCGACACAGGGCCAAACACAGAGCCAGACACAGCACAAGCAGAGGCCUCAGGCCACCGCAGAGCAGAUCCGACUCGCGCAGAUGAUUUCAGACCACAACGACGCAGACUUUGAGGAGAAGGUUAAACAGCUGGUUGACAUCACAGGCAAGGACCAGGAUGAAUCCAUGAUCGCGCUGCACGACAGCAACGGGGACGUCAACAGAGCUAUUAACGUGUUGCUGGAGGGCAGCCCGGACACUGACUCCUGGGAAAUGGUAGGGAAGAAGAAAGGAAUGUCUGGGCAGAAGGAAAUCAGCCAGCCGGAAACCGGUGAGGAAGGAAAAGAGAACAGAGAGAAAGGUGGAGAGAAAGAUGCUGCACGUCGUCGAGGUGGCGCUCCACGGAAAGGCCGCGGAUUGAGCAGAGGACGAGAGUUCCGUGGCCAGGAGAAUGGCUUGGAUGGAGGCAAAGCUGGAGUGGCUGGACGAGGAGCAGAACGAGGCAGAAGAGGCAGGGGCAGAGGAAGGGCAACUGUUGCGGUAUCCGGACGGAGAGGAGGCAGAUUUUCGGCACAAGCCAUGGGAACUUUCAACCCUGCAGACUAUGCUGAGUCAGCCCAGACAGAGGAAAACUAUGGAGGAGGCAGUACCUGGAACAACACAGGAAGCGUGGAGUUAGAGGAGGGAGCAAAAUAUUCUGCAGGAGAGGGAACAAAUUACCCACCUAUGUUUGAAUCUGCACCCGCUCCAUGGAGACCUGCCACAGAGGAAUGGGGAACCGAGGACUGGAAUGAGGAUCUGUCAGAGACCAAGAUUUUUACAGCUUCCAACGUUGCAUCGGUUCCUGCGCCUCAAGAGAAUGUCACAAUCACCAAAGGACAGAGGAUUGACCUUGCGGUGCUGCUGGGGAAGACUCCCCCAUCUUCAUCCUCAGAGACAGAAAACACCCCCAUGCAGGCCGCCCAGCCCUCCUCUCUGCCCCAGUCUCUGGUUUUUAGCAACUCCAAGCAAGGGGGGCCACUUUCCCAGACAUCCUCCAGCGCCCCGUACUCCCAGCACAGCAUGACCAGCAUGCUGAGUAAGGGAUUUGGGGAGGUGGGAGACCCCAAAGGAGGCAGCACAGGAACUACUGGUUCCCAGUUCCUGGAGCAGUACAAGACCGCCCAGGCGCUGGCCCAGCUGGCAGCACAGCAUUCCCAGGCUGGACCUCCCAACACGGCACCUCCAUCCUGGGACAACAAUGCCUCCACUCUGGGGCAAUAUGAGAUGAAAACUCAGUCAGAAUCUGGGAUCCACUCACCCUUUACGAAGCGGCAGCCCUACCAAACUGCCACUUCAACCUCGUCCAUGUUGGAUGUUUUCCUGCAGGACAAAGGGCUGCCUCCUCCUUCCUCUGUCUCCUCCUCUUCCUCCUUACCUCAACGAACCACAUCUUCAUCGCAUGCGGUGCCGCCACCUGCGUCCUCUCUUCCCAAAAUGGCCGCCGUCCCCUCUCUGGGUCAGCAGGUCUCCCAGAGUUCUUCAGAUGCCCAGGGCUCCAGUCCACUGCCUUUACAUCAACACAAACUCAAACAGCAGAAGAAGAGAACUUCUAUUUCCACAAAGAUUCCAGCAAUGGCUGUUGAAAUGCCCGGCUCCACAGACAUUUCAGGCCUCAAUCUUCAAUUCGGAGCGCUGCAGUUUGGAUCAGAACCAGUUCUACAAGAGUACGAGUCCACCCCUGCCACCACGACGCCAGGCAGCCAAGUUCAGAACAGCCUCUACACGAGUCCCAGCAGCGAAUCAACUCCCGCUCUGUCGAACUCCGGCCAGAUGGAAAUGUACGAUCAGAGAGCGCCUCAAACGCGCCGCUAUCCCCCCUCGGUCUCAUCCUCUCCUCAAAAGGACUUGCAGCCCAAGAAUGGCUUCAGUUCAAUACAAACUAGUCAGUCUGUUGAAGGCUCUGCGGUAUCAGUAAAGCCGGGUUCUGAUUCAGUCACGCCUUCAUCCGUCUCCAACAUGGCCGCUCUGGCAGACAGCGGCCCCGCCAUUCAGUCGAACCUCGGCGCUCUCGGGCACAACGAAGAACUCCCUCCAAGCUCCAUUCCCCCUCCUCAGCACAACAACUCUCAUCCAUUGCAACAGAACAGUCUGGCUCCGUCUUCAGUCCGAACGUCAAACUCAAGCUUACUGCAGCACCCCAACGUAGACGGCGACUUGAGCCUGCACUCGUCCUUCUCCUCCUCUGUCUCAGCUGUGCCGUCUUCAUCGGUCCUCCCCUCCUCCUCCUCCAUGGCUGCAGUGCAGGCGUCACUCGGAGCCCCUCAGGGCUCCUCGUUGGGCCCUGCCACCGUCUCGACUCCCUCGGGCCAAGGUCCUGUCAGCAGUCUGGCCAUGGGCGUCAGCGCUGCCUCCAUGGGUGCACAGACGGUGGCCCCCGCCUCCAUCAUAGUCUCUACGACAUCCUCGACAGUUCCCUCUUCUGCCACUUCUUCCACACGCAACUCUGCAGCUUCCUCAGGGAAAGCACCUCCAAACCUGCCACCUGGUGUGCCCCCUCUACUGCCCAACCCAUACAUUAUGGCUCCAGGACUACUGCAUGCCUACCCUCCUCAGGUGUAUGGCUACGAUGACCUACAAAUGCUGCAAACAAGAAUACCAUUGGAUUAUUAUAGCAUUCCAUUUGCCACUCCAACAACGGCGCUGACAGGCAGAGAGGGCAGUCUGACAAGCAACCCGUACUCUGGCGACUUGUCGAAGUUCGGUCGAGGUGAUGCAUCGUCCCCGGCUCCGGCCACCACAUUAGCUCAGACGCAACAGAAUCAGACCCAGACGCACCACACCACGCAGCAGCCCUUCCUCAACCCGGCGCUGCCGCCUGGCUACAGCUACACAAGCCUCCCGUAUUACACUGGCAUGCCGGGCCUGCCCAACACCUUCCAAUACGGACCUGCUAUGUUUCCGGUGGCUCCUACCUCUUCGAAGCAACACGGUGUGAAUGUUGGCGUUAAUGCUUCUGCCACGCCCUUCCAGCAAGCGAGUGGCUACAGUUCCCAUGGAUACAGCACUGGCUAUGAGGAUGUGGGCCAGGCUUCAGGGAGUGGGGAUUUCUGUAAGGGCGGAUACGGCACUGUCGUGGCCGCUGCCGCUUCUGCACAAAACAAGCCAGCCAGCUCUGUCACCGGGCCUGGAGUCGGAGUUUCUGUGACAUCAAGCAACACAGGAGUGCCGGAUAUUUCAGGAUCUGUUUACACGAAGACACAGUCGUUUGAGAAGCAGGGUUUCCACGCCGGGACGCCAGCAGCUUCUUUCAGCCUCCCCUCGGCGCUAGGGACCGGCGGGCCCAUCAACCCCCCGGCGGCCGCUGGCUACGCUCCAGCCCCCUACAUGCACAUCCUGACCCCGCACCAACAGCCCCACUCUCAGAUUCUGCACCACCACCUGCAGCAAGACGGCCAGAGCGGCACCGGACAGCGCAGCCAGAACGCCUCCAUUCAGCAGAAAUCUCAGAUAAACAAGUCGGUGUACAACAGCUACAACUGGGGUGGGAACUAACAUCUGCCGACGGGACCUCCUCCUCCGCCUCCUCCUAAGGCGGGGUUACGGCUCAUCACUCAUGCGAAACCGUGUCCACAUGUGAAGCUCCCUCUUCCUCCUGCAGAGGUUUCCCUCCCAUCUCUUGGCCCAGCCGCUCCCUGCAGUCCCGACUGCAGCCAGAGGAGGCGCUGUGCCAGGAGGGGCCUAAAAGUUGGAGCUGAAAAUGGUUAUAAAAAUUAGGUGAAACGUUGAGUGUUGGGAAUUUGUAUCAUGAUAACCCCCUCCCCCCUUUCUGCUCUCCACCCCUUUUUCUUUAACUUACAUGUAACAUAGAACUGUUUUCUAAAAGAAUGAACUUUUCCUGUAUUUAACUUUUUUUUCCCCCACCUCUUUUCUUAGCUGAACGAAGUAAAAUCUGAAGGCGGUUGGGAGGGGGAGGCAGGCUGGUUUUCUAUUUCUCACCCUCAACUCACCUCCUAUUUUAAUCUUCCAACACAAAAUAUCUAAAAAAAAAAAAAAAAAAGGGAAAAAAAAAAUUGCUGUUGAAUGUUUUUGUUUUUUCCUCCUUUUUUCUUUUUAAGUUUGAAGAAACAAUUCUCUUAAUUGGUAGAGUUGUGAAGUUUAUUUUUUACCAAAUAUAGAUAUAUUAUUAUAUAUAAAGACAUAUAAGUGAGCUCACUGGCUUGGACUGUGAGGAAGGUGUGUUUGUCAUGUGACUGCGUGCAUGUUUGUACACACGGGGGGGGGGGCUGCGUUUGUGUACUGUGCUUCGUUUUUUCGCCUAGCACAGGAGUUUUUCAUUAUCCGACGCUUGUACAGUUACCGUUCCCAUGAGUUUAAAACGACGCUGCGUGAGGUCCCUCUUCUUCUGAAAAAUGUUUUAAGGAUUUUUCCCAAGAAUCGCACCAGAGCCGCUUUGUUUUUGUUUUUUUAAGUGUUUUAUUUAGUUUUCCCGAGGCCCCCGCCCUCCACAGCCUCCUCUCCGCUUCACCACCUGCCCCCUCCUGACGUUGUAAGGAAACCUGCACCAUUGAGUACUGAUGGACAGAGUUGUGCUAUGGCUUUUCUUUUUGUCAGUGGUUUAUUUUAUUUUUUUUUCUUCUUCUUUUUGUACUGUGCGUUUUAAAACAAAAGAUUUAAAUGGAUAAAAUUGUCUUGUACAUAUAUAAAGAAAAAACACAAGUACUGUA